CAGAGCAGGGAGAGCGACCUCAGAAGACCUGGAGGACCAGAGCGCCACCACUGGACGGGAGAGGGGAGUGCGCUCUAGUCUCUUAUUUUACAGCCCUCGGACAAUGGAUUUUGUUUUAUAGAGAAAUCUGAAAACUCCAAUAAUGUCUCCUCAGAUGUUUCCCCAGAUUAUCUCCAGGAAAUGGAUUUUAUUUCUCCAUAGAAUCUGGUGCGGUUUAUCAUCGUCUCCUCUUCUUCCCUUCAGGUUUCUCCAAUCCAGGAUCCUCUGCUGAUAUCUUCUAUAUAAGAGAAUUCUCCUGGAUGACCCAUCAACCAUGGAGAGAGACAGGAACAAGAUGGCCGACAGGAUCAUAAAUCUCACCCUACAGAUACUCUUCCGGCUUACUGGAGAGGAUUACACAGUAGUGAAGAAGUCCUCUAGUGGGCGCUGUCGGGCCCCUGUGUGUGAAGGAUGGGGAAGAACCCUGAGCCCAAUCCCGGGGCCCCCACCUCACUCCCUGAUACAUGAGGAAAUGGAUGAACAGAAGAUCCUAGAACUCAUCAACAAGAUGAUGGAGCUGCUGACUGGAGAGGUUCCUAUAAGGUGUCAGGACGUGGCGGUCUAUUUCUCCAUGGAGGAGUGGGAGUAUGUAGAAGGACACAAGGAUCAGUACAAGGAUCAGGUCAUGAUGGAGGAUCAGCAGCCCCUCACAUCACCAGUCAGAUCCAGUAAGAGAACAGCACCAGAGAGGUGUCCCCGUCCUCUUCUUCCACAGGAUGAUCAGGGUGAAGAUCUGAACAAUAUUAAUGCUCCAGAGACAGAUGUGAGCGGGGAUGAGCAGUAUAGGGAGGACAUUCCAACAGGGAAAGAUCUGAACAAUAUUAAGGCUACAGAUAUGAAGGAAGAAGAGACAGAUGUGAGCUGUGAUGAGCAGUAUAAGGAGGACAUUCUGACAGGAAAAGAUCUGAACAAUAUUAAUGCUACAGAUAUGAAGGAAGAAGAAGAGACAGAUGUGAGUGGUAAUGAGCAGUAUAAGGAGGACAUUUCAACAGGAAAAGAUUUGAACAAUAUUAAGGCUACAGAUAUGAAGGAAGAAGAGACAGAUGUGAGCUGUGAUGAGCAGUAUAAGGAGGACAUUCUGACAGGAAAAGAUCUGAACAAUAUUAAUGCUACAGAUAUGAAGGAAGAAGAGACAGAUGUGAGCGGUGAUGAGCAGUAUAAGGAUGACAUUCCUACAGGGAAAGAUCUGAACAAGAUUAAUGCUACAGAUAGGGAGGAAGAAGAAGAGACAGAUGUGAGUGGUGAUGAGCAGUAUAAGGAGGACAUUCCUACAGGUAACCGCCCAGAUUCUUGUAGCAGGAGAUCAGAGGAGAAUCUUAUAUCUUCAGAUUAUAAAGCAGAUGAUGAUAUCACACAAGAUACAUAUGAAGAACAUUCCAUUAUCCCAGAUACACCCUCAGCCCUUCACAGCCAAGAUCUGUCAUCUCAUCCUUAUAUACAGGUCCUGUCUUCUCACUCAUCACAGGAUGUUCACCAAAAUAAAGGUCACAGAAGGGAUGUUGGACAUCAACGAGCUCAUACAGGAAAGAAACCAUAUUCAUGUUCAGAAUGUGGGAAAUGUUUUGCUAAGAAAUCACAUCUUGUUCAACAUCGAAGAACUCACACAGGGGAGAAACCAUUUUCAUGUUCAGAAUGCGGAAAAUGUUUUACUGACAAGUCAAGUCUUGUUAAACAUAAAAGAACUCACACAGGAGAGAAGCCAUUUUCAUGCUCAGAAUGUGGAAAAUGUUUUACUGUCAAAUCAGAUCUUGUUAAACAUCAAAGAACUCACACAGGGGAGAAGCCAUUUCCAUGUUCAGAAUGUGGAAAAUGUUUUACUGGGAAAACAAAUCUUGUUCUACAUCAAAGAACUCACACAGGGGAGAAGCCGUUUUCAUGCUCAGAAUGUGGAAAAUAUUUUACUCAGCAAUCACAUCUUCUUAAGCAUCACAGAACUCACAAAGGAGAGAAGCCAUUUUCAUGUUCAGAAUGUGGAAAAUGUUUUACUGAGAAAUCAAUUCUUGUUCAACAUCAAAAAGCUCACACAGGGGAAAAGCCAUUUUCAUGUUCAGAAUGUGAAAAAUGUUUUACUGACAAAUCAAGUCUUGUUAAACAUAAGCGAACUCACACAGGGGAGAAACCAUAUUCAUGUUCAGUGUGUGGGAAAUGUUUUUCUGACAAAUCAAAUCUGGUUAAACAUGAAAGAGCUCACACAGUGGAGAAGCCAUUUUCAUGUUCAGAAUGUGGAAAAUGUUUUAAUGACAUAUCAAGUUUUGUUAUACAUAUAAAAAUUCACACAGAGGAGAAGCCAUUUUUCUGUGCAGAGUGUGGAAAAGGUUUUAUUGUGAAAUCAAAUCUUGUUCAACAUCAAAGAACUCACACAGGGGUGAAGCCAUUUUCAUGUGCAGAGUGUGGGAAAUGUUUUAAUCAUCAAUCAGGUCUUGUUAAACAUCAAAGAACUCACACAGGAGAGAAGCCAUUUUCAUGUGCAGAAUGUGGGAAAUGUUUUACUCAGCAAUCACAUCUUGUUAAACAUCAAAGAACUCACACAGGAGAGAAGCCAUUUUCAUGCUCAGACUGUGGAAAAUGUUUUACCCAGCAUUCACAUCUUACUGUACAUCAAAGAACUCACACAGGAGAGAAAUCAUAUUCAUGCUCAGAAUGUGGAAAAUGUUUCACUCAGAAAUCAAAUCUUAUUGAGCAUCAAAGAACUCACACAGGAGAGAAGCCGUUUUCCUGUUCAGAAUGUGGAAAAUGUUUUACUCAUCAAAAAAAACUUCUUGUACAUCAAAGAACUCACACAGGGGACAAGCCAUUUACAUGCUCAGAAUGUGGAAAAUGUUUUACUCAUCAGCAAAGUCUUAUUAGACAUCAAAGAACUCAUACAGGGGAGAAGCAAUUUUCAUGUUCAGAAUGUGGGAAAUAUUUUCCUUUUAAAUCAGGUCUUGUUAAACAUCAAAGAACUCACACAGGAGAGAAGCCAUUUUCAUGCUCAGAAUGUGGGAAAUGUUUUCCUUUUAAAUCAUGUCUUAUUAGACAUCAAAAAACUCACACAGGGGACAAGCCAUUUUCAUGUUCAGAAUGUGGGAAAUGUUUUCCUUUUAAAUCAGGUCUUGUUAAACAUCAAAGAACUCACACAGGAGAGAAGCCAUUUUCAUGCUCAGAAUGUGGGAAAUGUUUUACUUUUAAAUCAGGUCUUAUUAGACAUCAAAAAACUCACACAGGGGACAAACCAUUUUCAUGUUCAGAAUGUGGGAAAUGUUUUACUUUUAAAUCAGAUCUUGUUGUACAUCAAAGAACUCACACAGGAGAGAAGCCAUUUUCAUGUUCAGAAUGUGGAAAAUGUUUUACUCAUCAACUAAGUCUUAUUAAACAUCAAAGAACUCACACAGGGGACAAGUCAUUUUCAUGUUCAGAAUGUGGAAAAUGUUUUACUUGGAAAUCAGAUCUUGUUCGACAUCAAAGAGCUCACACAGGGAAAAAGCCAUUUUCAUGUUCAGAAUGUGGAAAAUGUUUUGCUUUGAAAUCAUAUCUUGUUCAACAUCAAAGAACUCACACUGGAGAGAAGCCAUUUUUAUGUUCAGAAUGUGGAAAAUGUUUUACUGGGAAAACAUAUCUUGUUCUGCAUCAAAGAACUCACACAGGGGAGAAGCCAUUUUCAUGUUCAGAAUGUGGAAAAUGUUUUACUAGGAAAUCAGAUCUUGCUCAACAUCAAAGAACUCACACAGGGGAAAAGCCAUUUUCAUGUUCAGAAUGUGGAAAAUGCUUUAUUUUGAAAUCAUAUCUUGUUCAACAUCAAAGAACUCACACAGGGGAGAAGCCAUUUUCAUGUUCAGAAUGUGUUAAAUGUUUUACUAAGAAAACAUAUCUUGUUCAACAUCAAAAAACUCACACAGCGGGGCAUGGCUUGGAUGGUGAACUGAGUGGUCGCACUCCACUGUGAUACCACGGGCCCGACCAAAUUUCACCCUGAUUUCACCUCCUGAGGGCCCUCACUUACCCCCUCUGUGGUCCGGUGGCAUAGCAGAAGCAGUGUGGCAGUGGCGGGCGCAGCUUGGAGACUGACCGGAG